CGUCGCUCCCGCUUUCAGAAGUUUAUAGUGCAAUGGGCGGAACGGACUGUGAUCUCCAGAACCGUUGACAUUAUACAGGACCGAAACUAGGAAACGAGAUGGCAUCUGGAAAGUUUCGCUCCACGCGUCGCCUGCGUUCCUGGAUAGUGGAACAGGUGAACAGUGGGAAGUAUCGUGGCCUAGUGUGGGACAACCAUGAGAAAACCAUGUUUCGUAUCCCAUGGAAACAUGCUGGAAAACAAGAUUUCCGAACUGACGAAGAUGCAGCUAUUUUCAAGGCUUGGGCGGAGUUUAAAGGGAAGCUUGUGGAAAAUGGAAAUUCAGACCCUGCAUCCUGGAAAACUCGACUACGCUGUGCCCUCAACAAAAGUCCAGAGUUUAGUGAGGUCACUGAAAGGUCACAGUUCGACAUCUCAGAACCCUACAAGGUGUACCGCCUCGUACCACUAGAAGAACAAGGAGUGGUGAAAGUAAAAAAAGAGAAUGGACAGAAGCCAGCGAGGAGAAGCAGAAGGAGAAGCAGUGAAUCCGAGCAAGAUGAGCAGCAGAUUGCAUGCAAAAAGAUCAAAGAGGAGGUCUUUGUGCCCCAGCCCAUCAACAUGAGUGCACAGGAAAUCAUCCCACACACAGGAAGAGAGAUCACACACCAUGAAGAGGUUAAGACAAACCCCUCAAAGACUGACACAAGGGUGCACUCUUUCCACAUAACCGUGCUCUACAUUGGUCAGGAGGUUCUGCGGCGAGAAGUAAUGGGUAAAGAUGUUCGGAUCGCUUACCUGCCUCCCUCACCUGUCCCUCCAUCUCCAUUGUCUCUAAACGGCGCUGGCUUUCAUCGAAUCCCUCUCCCAGACCCCCCAUCAGACAUGAGCUCUGACCCCAGCCUUGCCCCACGUUUGAAGACUCUUAACAAAUUGCUGCCCUUCACGGAGAGUGGAGUUGUCCUGACCUUGACAGGAGGAGCCAUCUAUGCCAAGCGCUUCUGUCAGGGAGACGUGUUCUGGAGAGGACCACAUAACACCACCACAGGACCCUGUAAAAUGGAGAGAGCAUGCGAGCCCACCCAGCUGUUCAGCAAGGAUAUAUUCAAACAGGAGCUGGAUUCUUUCCGCAGUGGAGGAAAACAACCUCAAAGUGAGAUCACGCUGUGUUUUGGAGAAGAGCUGUGUGAUGGAGAUAACGUCGAUGAUAAACACAUCAUCAUCAAGAUAUCUAUCCCAUGGGUUGGGUCGCAGAUAAAAGAGGUCAAGACCCUUAGAGAUUCUAUUGCAAUUUCCAAAAGUUUGGCACAGGGGAAGUGACGCUGAACUUUGUUGAAGCAUUGGACCAGUAACAAACCUUUCUGCAUUCUUGACAUUAAGGAUCAAAAUGAAGACGAACAACUAUAUAUAUGGCAUGACUUGAGACAACUUUUAUAAACACUUUCCUGUAGAUAGCUUGUGGAAAUAAACAAUGUAAUUAUUAGUUGCUUUAAAUACAUAAAAUAUAUAGCCAUAUAGUAGUUAAAUCCACAUAUUUAUAAGUAAUAUAAAACAUGUCUUUUCAGUAUACAACUGUAUGUUGCACUGCAAAAUGUAAGAACACAAAAUAUUUUGUCAUUUGUAACACUAUUCAUAGUGGAGUCUGAGUGAAGAUGUUUAAACUCAUAAAUGCAAUAACAAUGUACAUGGUUCACUACAGUUGUAGUAAAUCACCUUGUACAUUUUUAUCUAACGCUAAUGUUUCACUGAAUUUUUCAAUUGUUUUGCAAAUAAAUUAAUCAGUGGCAAUAAAUGAUGUCAUCACUUGCCUUGUUCUCCGAUGCUGGCUGUCAAUCAUAAUGGAAGAAACCGAAACUUCACUUUUCUUGGAUUCUAUCUUCUUGGAGUUCAAGGCUACUUGUUUUAGAUUUUAGUCACUGGUGGCCAUGCAAACACAAUUAACAUGGAGAUAUCAUACCCCUUUUUUAGGGAUCCAAAUAUAAAAGGUGCUGGAACCCAGUUCUGUUAAUGACUGAAAUAAGCUCUGUGGUUAACACAAGCUCAAGGUAUUCUCAAGUGUAAUUCUAUAGCAUAAAAUGUAUCUGAAAAACCUAGUCAUGAUUUAUUCUUUUAUGUGUCAUGCAAAAAGGUGAUUUAUAACAAGUGGUUAAAUGGGACUACAGAGGUUGUUGGGACUUUAAAACUUAACUACUCACUAGUCCAUGUUUAUAAGCUCAUUGUGUUUAUAAUUGUGCACUUCCAAACAAUUCGAGCACAAAAGGUAAACUUUUUUUAAAUAAAGACUUUCAGAAUUGGUGAAAGUUUAGCGAUAGUGACUGUAGUCUUCUGAUCGUACUGUAGUUUCUAGUUUGUUUAUAGCCAAUUGUAUCCAUAGGUCUUCAACCCAGCUCCUGGGGACCCACUGUCCUGCAGAGAUCAGCUCCAACCCUAAUCAAACACACCUGAACUAGAUAAUCAAGGUCAGGAUCACUUGUAAAGUCACAGGCCAGGUUUGCUGAAGCAGGUUGGAAGUAAACUUUGCAGGACAGUGGGUCCCAAGGAGCAGGGUUGAAGACCUAUGGUAUAGACAUCAAAGUUCAUAAAAGUUGUGUUCAUUUGUGAAGAUUAUCAUGAUGAACAAACGAGUAAGAAUCAUGAAAUUUGGAAACCAAGCCUGGUUCCUCCAGAACUGAGCUACUAAGAGGAGGGAGCAUUUGGUUUUUCUGACUCGCCUGAUGACUUGGGGAAUCAGGGCGAUGGGAGGAAACACAUACAGGCAAGUAUUUCGCUGUAUCAAGAAAAAUGUUGGUGAAUAAAAGUUGUCUUCUGAGGUGAAGUGGCUGACCACUGCCUUACCAAAGACCGCCCAAAUUCGCUGUACCAUCUGUGGAUGUAGCGCCCAAUCGCCCAGGGCUACUUUGCCUCUGCUCGCUCCCAGGUUCAGUUUGCCUGGCACAUGAAUCACCUCUAUGCCCAGAGCAGGAGGUGACGAACCAACCUGUAUAAGGCGUGAGACCUGAGGCUGCCUUGGUGAUUGAUAUAAGACUCCACUGUCAUGCUGUCCGAACAGACCUGAACAUGGUGAUCCUUGAUGGCCAAGGUUUUCAGGGCUAAGGUGAUACCAACAUUUCCAGGCAUCACUGCUGAGCUGCCCAGGAGACGAAUGUUGGAUUGCCCUCCAACAGCGUGCCCCAUCCAGAGUUGGACGUGUCUGUUGUGAUCACCUUUCCUCUGAAGGCCAUGCCCAUUCUCACUCCUGUUUGGAACAGGUGACUGUUCUUCCAGGGGGCCACGGCUUCGAUACAGUGGUGAUUCACCCUGACUGGAAAUGUUUUCAGACACAAAGCAUGGGGCGGGACUCAGCUGCAGUGUAUGCCCUGUUGGCGAUAGCCGAGGUGGUCUUGCAGGGCUCAGAUGGAUGGCCCUUUCAGCCUAGGGUGGAUGGUGGGCACAGAUGUGCGGCGAUAGCUUCCUCCAGAGGACAGAGUCUGGCAUACCCUUUUUGGACAGCGCCGUCAACUGUAGUCAGAGCUGCUGCAGUCGAGGGGUUUACCCAUACUGACCAGGCGAUGUGCCACGUCUUGGUGAGUGUGUCAUGGAUGGCUGUCAAGUAUGGGGCUUGGUGCUGGCAAGAGGAUUGCUGGUGGGUUUCUGGCAGGAACCACUUGUCUAGUAAGCCAUGGACGGGCUCGUCCGGAGCUGACCACUCGUGGCCCAGAUCCUCCACAGCCUUUGCAAGGACGUGGAUGAGCUCGGUGUCUGGCUUUGGCAUCUGAGGGGAAGGGGUUGCUUCGGGCUCCUGACCGGAAUCGCCCCACUCCACCGUUUCUGACGCUGCCAAGGACACAGAGUCGUAGGCAGUAACGUCAUCGAUGAUAAUGUCCUCUUCAGACGUAGAGACCAGUCCACUAGCAGCUAAAGGGGGGCACUGGUCCUAACUUUUGAAGCACACCGACGUGAGAGGAUGUGGGGAGGGUGGGGCACACAGGCACUGUGUCGACACCGCUUGAGCCCACUGAAAGAGAUGUGCUGCCCCACUGUUUCUUUCUCUUAGGAGAGGAGAACGAUGGGAGGGCUUGGUGGGGUGCCUUGAUGAAACAAGGUGACCCACGAUACAGAAAGAGCAGGAGCCAUCAGCAAGUGCAGCCUCUGUGUGGGCACAGCUGAGGCAGGCGGCACACUCGCUGUGUCAUUCUUCAUCAUGCAAGAGUGCCUUGCAUGAUCCACACUCACGGCACGGCAUCUGAAACAACGCGCACUGAAAUAUGCUCCUGAUGCCGGAUGCCUGUAGAGAUCGCAUUGUGUCUCUGCCUCUGCUUUUUCUACAGCGGUGAGAAGAGCUGGAGCUUCUUCCAUGGCUUCUUCUUUGCAGCAGUCAGAAAAGAGAUGAUCCUCGUUGCUGAAGGAGAAUUGAUCUGAUGAAUGAAACGAUGGGCCAAGUUAUAUAGCGGUCAGCCACGCCCCUUCUUGCGGGUCGUAGCACCAUUGGUUUGUGCAGCUAAACAAACGUGAACAAAUCAGGCUUCAGCAGAAUGGAAAAAAAUAUUUUUUUCCCCAUACACAUAACGAGAGAGAACAUUCGAAAGGAAGCUACUUAUCACUACAGCACUAUAAGGCAGUUUGGGAUCAUAACUGUGCGAUAAUAAAAAGGCUAGUAACAAAUUAAGUCAAGCCCUAACAAAUAUCCUAUUAAUAAUCUCAGAUUACAUUUCCGUCUAUAAAAUGAUUCAGCCAUUUUGAAUUUACUGAAAAUCAUACUUUUUCAAACUCCUCCUAGGCCUUUAAAUUUAACAUAUAGUAGCUUAGGACAAUGCUGGCAAAAAAAGUUAUCAAAAACUUGAUUUGUCAAAGCAUUGUUAGUCACAAAUUGACUUGAAUCUCCUGACUGAAAUGUCCAAAUUUAACAAAACUUGAUUGGACACACUCAAAGUUCCAUGACAAUUGCACCUGUAGGGGACGCUACAACUACAAUUGUCAAUUUUUGUGAUUUAGUGAAUCAAUUGAAUCAACCCAAUUUGUAACUCAAAGAGAAAAUUCCAAACAGCAUUUAUUCUCCUUUGAAAGGAACUGUGUGAAGGGGACACCACACAA